AUGCAAACUGAACAGGAGAAAUUCGAUGCUCGAUAUUAUAAUUACAUCAAUGCAUAUCCAAGAUCGAAGGACGAUACUGUGAACAGCAAUACCAAUCAACGUCAUGAGCAUACAACUCCAUAUCCUGUAGAAGAAACUUCCUAUGCUCCUCUCAGAGCCCCAUAUUACACACCUACUUCAUCAACACCAUCACCGGUAAGUAUGAAUUUUGGCAAUAAUAUAAAUACCCAUAAAGGAUCUUUGGCAAAAUCAAACAAUAGUCUGAAUAAUCAGCAAAACAGAAAUACCGAAGGUCUUAAGGAACGGAACCCACAGAGAGCUGAUCCUCAGCAUCUGCAUUCUAAGAAUCCAUUUUAUCAAAAUAACAAUUUAAAUAAUAGUAAUUCUGAUUCUAUAGGGAAACCAACCCUUAAUAGACAUAAUAUAACAAACCCAGGGGAUUUACAACAUUAUAGUUCUUCAGCUUCAUCGUUCACAUCAUUUGAUUCUUCAAGUACAGCAUUACACAAUUCAUCUGAUUCAACUGUUAUAAAUAAUGUUCAUUCGAACUCCCCUCAAGCAGUUAACAAUGUACCGGCUAAUCACCCCAAGAGUAAUGAUGUCUCUAAAAAAAUAAUAAUAGAUGGCAAAGAUUUAUCAAAUUAUUCAGAUGAAGCUGUUGAAUUUUAUAAAAUUUAUAAUGAGACGAUAAAGGAUGCGGGCAAGUUCACUUCAGAGAUACAAUUGAAAUGGUGUGAAACGCUGUUCGAGUAUGCAUACAGAAAUUCAUUUCUUAUAGAAUACAAUAUCAAUGCAGAGAAAUUGAAAAGACGAUUGUCAACCGAAGAGAUGACUAAAAACCAAAAAGUUCUAAUCGAGCAUUCUUUUAAAGUAUUAAGUAAACUAAUAUCCAAGAAAUAUCCCGAGGCUAUAUAUUUAAUGGGGACAUUAUAUUCACAUCAGCCUUAUUUGAAAAUAUUAGACAAAAAUAUUGUUGCAAGGAAUGAUAAAAAAGCUUUUGAGUUAUAUUGUAUUGCGGCCAAAUAUAAUCAUUCUGAUAGUUGCUACAGAGCUGGUAUCAGUUAUGAAUUCAGCAGAGGUAUCACUUUAGAUGAAUCUGAAGGUAUUGACAAGGAAUAUAUGAUAAAGAAAGCUAUUGAAUAUUAUGAGAAAGGUGCCAAUGAGUGUGAUAACAAGCUUUGUAUGUAUAAGCUAGGGAUGUGUUAUAUGUAUGGAUUUGCUAAUAAUACUAAAGCUAAUGGAGAGAAAAUAAUCAUGCCUAAUGUGAAUUUAGCAAUUUCGAUGUUUGAGAAAUCUCUGAAUUCUCAAUCGUUAUAUGAGUUAGCGAAGAUAUUUGAAUUUGAUAAUUUACCAGAAGAUAUUAAACAUUUACUGAUAUCCAAGAAUUUUUAUAAGGAUACCUUAAAAUCGUUGCAGUAUUAUGAGAUCGGUGCCAAGAAAUUCAACCAUGGUAUAUCUCAAUGGAAAUUAGGGUAUUGUUAUGAGACUGGGGAGUUAAAUGUUGGGAUUGAUGGUAAGAAGUCUAUAUCAUGGUAUUUAAAAUCCGCGAGGAAUAAUAAUGCGAUGGCGAUGCUGUCAAUUGGUGGAUGGUAUCUAACGGGAUGUGAGAAUGUUUUAGAAGUUAAUGAGAUAGAAUCUUUUAAUUGGGUUUACAGGAGUUGUCAAAUUAGUGAUGGUAAGUAUAACAAAGCUGAGUAUAUUUUAGGAUAUUAUUAUGAAAAUGGGAUUGGUUGUAAUAUUGAUUUAAUGAAGGCAAAGAAAAGGUAUGAAAACUCUGCUAAAUAUGGCAAUUCCAAGGCCAUUGAGAAGUUAAGUAGAUUGUAA